GGCUAGGUGAGCAUUUGGUAAUGUUAAGUAACGCUUCAGUUAUAUAUUAGACGUGGCUUGGUUGAUUUCUACUAUAUAAGCAACGGACCUGGAAACCUCACUGGUUAAGCACCAGAACAGAGCAGGCUGUCACCAUGCUGUGGAGGGACUUGUCUGUCAUCCUCCGCCAGUCUUUAUCCUGGGCAAAGAACUCUGCGAUUCUAACAGCAGUGCCUUGUCAGCUCUGCAGCAAGAGGAUACAUAACGUAACAGCAAAAAAAACACUGCUGCACUGCACUCCUGGGCAGCUCCUUUCUCAGAGAACGCGUUCCCAGCCGCUGUGGGUGCAGGUCCGGGGAAUGAAAAGCCAUAGAAACCCUCACACUGAGAGCCAGCAGGAGGAGUGGAGGAAAAGGAACAAGACCGUCCUGACGUACAUCGCAGCUGCCGGAGUGGGGAUGAUUGGCUUAUCCUAUGCAGCUGUGCCACUAUAUAGGUUGUACUGUCAGGCUUCAGGACUCGGUGGGACUGCAGUAGCGGGCCACGAUGCUGAAAAGGUGGAGUCCAUGACUCCUGUCAAGGACCGAAUCCUUAAGAUCACCUUCAACGCCGACGUACACGCGGGCUUGCAGUGGAACUUCCGCCCACAGCAGUCCGAAGUAUAUGUAGCCCCAGGUGAAACUGCUUUAGCCUUUUAUAAAGCAAAAAAUCCCACCGACAAACCUGUGAUUGGAAUCUCUACCUACAACGUGGUCCCCUUUGAAGCUGGACAGUACUUUAAUAAAAUACAGUGCUUCUGCUUCGAGGAGCAGAGAUUGAACCCAAACGAGGAGGUGGACAUGCCUGUGUUCUUCUACAUUGACCCCGAGUUCGACGAGGACCCCAGGAUGGCUCGAGUGGAUACCAUCACACUGUCCUACACGUUCUUCGAAGCAAAGGAAGGGCAGAAGCUGCCGCUGCCUGGAUAUAGCUGAAGGAAACGAUAGGUGGGGGUGGGGAAGCAGUUCUGCAAAAUCCUCUUUCAAGUUUAAACUGGAGUUUUUAUAACAAACCUGCCCAAUCAAACAAAAAGAUUCAGACGCAUCUACUGUAGUUAUACUCUGUCCUGGAUUGGUUCAUGUGUUUUCCUAAGCACAUAUAUUUUAACUGAUUCUUUUUUAAAUGUAAGGAUGCCCUUAUGCUGUAUAGGAUGUAAUACAAUUAAGCCAGGAAAUAAUACUAAUAAAACUAAAGAGAUUGAAGCAAAAUAAAAAGCUUUUGAAGAAGAAAAAUAAACAUAAACACUUCUUUAUUUGCUGUGAUGAGCUUCUCAGUGGGAAACGAAGGUACUAGAAAAUUGAGACAGCAGGAGAAACUGAUAAAACGUGACUGGUCAGACCAUGCACACAGGCUCCAGUGUGUUGAACGGUUUGUGGAAGACACCACUCUGUAAGUAAGUGCACUGGUGUUGAGGUUUUACCCCAAAAAGUGAUUUAUUUACCACCUAAAUUGAACAAAAUUAAUUAUUUUGAUUAACCCCAACAAAUCCCAAGUUAUUAACCCAACAGAUGAAGCUGGUUAACAGUUUGUUUGUUUUUUAAACUGAAAGCAUUGAAAGUGAAAACCUGAAAUGAAAAGGCACUAUAACUGCAGCUGAUGCUGUU